AUGAAAAAUCAUGAAGCCCGUCCCACUGGAGCUGCUCUACUAUCGGAAACAAAUAGGGUACAAGCACAUAGCCAGCCUGAAAGACAACAAGAUCAGGGUCAUAAUAAUAUGUGUAGACGUGGUAGUGGCAGGGGGCAAUAUAAUAAUCGUCGUGGAGGAGGUAACCAAAAAAGAGAGAAUCAAAUGGGUCCCCAAAACAAUCCUUCAAGAGGUAAUUGUCAUCGUUGUGGCAUGAAAGGCCACUGGAAGAAUGAAUGUCGGGCGCCUAAGCAUUUUGCUAGGCUUUAUCAAGAAUCUUGCAAAAGAAAGAGAAAUGAAGGUGGGACCUCUUAUAAUGCCCGAAUGGAGUCACAUUUGACUUUCAAAAAUGAUGAUGAGGCAGAACUUUCACAAAAAUAUGAUGACAAUGUUGAGUCAAACUUGGUCUUGAAAGAUGAUGAUUUUGAUUGCCUUGAUGAUAUAACUCAUUUGGAAACUGAGGACUUCUUUGGAGACCAAAACUAA